AUGCGUUGGGGAUUUGAUUUGCACCAAAAUAUAUACUCCACGGCGUCGCUACGGGAGGCGUUUCCAUCUUCGAGAACCUUCUUCUCCUACAAACCCUACCGGAAAACGCAGAAGCUUAAGAGAAAAAAAAGGGGGUUAGAUCUCAAUCAUCGUAUCAUUUCACUAAUAAUCGCCAAAUCACACAAAUCUCAAAUCCUAGGCGGAGGCAUGGGAAUCAUAAGAAGCUCUUUUCCAUUCAUGCUAGGAACAGUGUGUGGCGUAUACAUUGCUCAGAACUACAACGUUCCAAAUAUCAACAAGCUCGCAGAUUGCGCUGUUUCAAUGGCGAAGCAAAUGGAGCAAAGGUAUCGCAAACCUAAGAAACCCGACGACGACGACAACUUUUAG